CUUGACGUGAGCUCACCGCCCGGCAAUAUUUGUUUACAUUCUCGCCUAAUCGGGCGACGCUCUUCCUUUCUUUCAUCCCUUCGUCAGUUCCCCACGAAUCGCCUCCAUUCCAACUGCUCGUUUCUUUCAUCAUCUUCCCUCAUCAAUUCCCAUUCUUUUAAUCCUCACCAUUAUGGCGGUUCGCCGGUCCGCCCGCCUGCGCAGUCGCCAGGCUUCAGAUGAACCGCAGCCGCCCGCGUCACCAGUCAACAACAACACUAGCAACGCCAACAACAAUAACAUCAACAAUCUCCCCGCUGUCAUAGAACGCGACGAGACUGCCGCCGACGGUCCCUCUAACCACGCCACCACUCCCAAGUCUAAAACCAGUGUUCGCACCCCACACAAGGCUACUACACCUGUUCACAAGCCAUCCCCGGCAAAAACACCCACAACUGCAAUCACUCGUCCGUCCCACCAAGUAAUGCAUCCCAGCAAGGUACAUCAGAGUACCACCAAGCAGGUGGACUCUGGCCUGAUUCUCGGGUUCAAUCCGAUUAAGAAAGAUGCCGAAGGGAAUGUUGUCAAAGAUUCUCAGAUUGAGAAUACCCCAAGCAAGACAAAAGCGUCUCCCGCUUCCACAUACUUUGGCACUCCCGCUUUCGAGUUCAACUUUUCUUGCGCGGACUCGCAGCUAAGCGAUGAAGCCAAGAAGCUCAUGGAAAGCGUCCGCGAAGAUGUCGCUAAAAUCAAGGCCCAGAUGGUUCAGGAUAAGGAGAGUGAACCAGCCCAGGUUGACAACAACGAGACAGAAGAUCGCAGAAUCGCUCAGCCAAAGGGCCAGGCUAGCCGGUUCAGCGCUGCUCAUAUGGCUGAAUUCAAGAAGAUGGAUUCAAUUGCAGGACACGCGUCUGCCUUCCGCGCCAUCCCCGGGCGCUUCCAGCCUGUCCAGAAGACCCUCAAACGAACCAACUCCAAAGCACGCCUCGAUGAGUCUAGCAACCAGAAUUCGCCUACUAAAUCGCCGACCAAGUCGCCUGCCCCUGCUACGGUCAGCACCAAACGUGCCAAACAUAGCAAGGACGAUGACACGUCUGCUCGCCGUCAGACUGUUGGUGAGAAGAGUGCAUCAAGGCCGGCUACGACUCGCAUCAGGCCCGGUAUCCGCAGUUCGUUAAUGACCCCCACUCGAGCUUCCAUGGCGCGCACUUCGUCCACUAGCCUGAAGCCGCCUCGGACGACCAUGAUCCCCCGGCCGUCUCUUGCACAGUCCCCUACCUCGAAGCUUUCUACUGCCCCGCGCACUCCCCGUACGGACUUCAAUCCCCGUUUCAAGAGUAACUUGCCCAGUUUGAAUCUAAAGUCGAUCCUCCGUCCUCAUCAACCAUUGUUCUCGAAGGAUCCUGUGAAGAUUGCCUCCGGAACUCAUGUAGCGGCCCCCGAAUUCAGCUCAAAUUUUCUGCUGGGUACAGCCAGGAACGCUUCCGAGGAGCCUGCACAAACUCCCUCCCCCAAGAAGCGUGUUGAAUUCUCCUCAAGUACCAGAGAGCGGGACGACGGAGCUAUGCCUUCUCCAUCGCCUUCUAAAAUUCCUGCUGCAUCUGGGUCUCGAGUCGAGUCUGAUGUUGUAUAUCCUACAUUACCGACUUUGACACCGGACCAUACUUCUGAGAAGACCGGUGGCGAAACCAAGUCCCCUUCUAUCCGCCAUGUUCGUCAGUCCGACACCAUUGCCAGCCUCACUCUGCCAGAUAUCCCUGGCGUGCCGCAUGGGAUCGGGGGCAAGAAGCGUCAUCGCGAGACCGAGUCCACCCACGAUCCUUCUCUUCCCGAUGUUCCAGGUGUGCCUCAUGGCAUAGGCAAUAAGAAGAGACACCGUGAUGCAGCUGGGAGGGACAAUGACAACGAGAAUGUGCCCCCAGUUAAUUCAACCACGGAAGGCCGCAGUGCUAAAAGAAUGAAGUUCAGCUCGCCAUCAAAGAUCUCGCCUAUUAAGAUGUCAAUGCCAACCCCUAGCCCGAUCAAGGAGCGUUCUCAGACUCCUCUCCGGUCGACCACCAGUACCAGUCGAACGGGAACCCCAGCCAGCGCACGACAAAGGAGCCGUGGUGCACUGAGCAUGAGCCGGUUGAACAUGCUUGCACAGCCAAAGAACCGCCCUUAAUCGUUUCUUGUCCACCAUAUUGGACAACGGAGCAGCCAUGACCAGUUAUUGCAUUUCACGAGAGUUUCGGUCGCACAUAGAUGCCAUUUCGAUUUCCGAGAGCCUUCGUUACAAUUCCCCAGAUGAAUGUCUUCAGUUCUUUUUCCACGUAGAUUAUACCAAUAUCACCGAUCAGUCCUCUGUACUUACUUGCCUCACCGGCUUUGAUAUCUCUCACUUUUUUUGGUCUGGUCUCUUUUCGCCUUCCUACCUAUCAAUGGGCUUUGAUUCUUCUCACAGGCAGGCGCUCGGAUGCAUCUGGUAUGCAGGUUCUGGACGGCGUUUGUGAUCAUCUUUUUUGCUUUACCUACUCCUAUCUGUUUUUCCGUACAGAAAGAUAGGUCUCCUUGUUUUACGUUGAUUGUUGCUUGAUCGGUUGAUUCUUUGCCAAGAUAAUGAAUGUACCUACAGAUGGAUUCAAUGUUUCUACUUUUCCUUAUGUUGCUGCCUUAUUGUCUUUAUGUUGUAAGUGUAUAAGAUUGCUCAACUACAAGACCGAUAAACCACCAUGCAAAACAAUAAAUCAAAGAAAGCCUUUUUU